CUGAGCAACUAGGCCGGUAACAGCUGUUUCCUGUUGUGUCAAGUGCAGUCUUAUGUGUAUUUGCUAUGGAACCCUUAUUUACCAGUUGUUUGUAGGCAAUUUCUGGACAAUUAUUUAAUCGAAUCGAGUGAAUGAAUGCGAUGAAUGAUAUUCUUCAUAAUCCCUCUUUCAAAAAAGAUUUCGCUUUCAUACGCCAGUUGGAGUCGAAUAACAAAGAGUAUCAGGACAAAAUAUGGGAAAAGUUCAUUGGAACCUUCAAUCAACAAGAAGACGAUAUCAGGAUAGUAAACACCCGCUUUGAAAAGCAUCCUGUUGGUUUUUCCAGCGAAUCCGAUAGAAGCGAAAGCAACAUUGAUGAUGAAUGGGAAAACGAGGCUUCGUUCAAACUGUCCAGUGCUAGUUUGGAGUUGACAUCCCAGAAGGAGAAGAGUACGAGUAGAUCUGUUUCAGGAAGCAAGAUAGUCCUCAAAGAAGGUCAAAGGAAGAAGCUCCACAAGAAACUGACCAAACACCUUGAAAGAGGAACAUUGGAUAAGUUUGAGGUGAAAGAUAUAGGAGAUCAUGCAAACAAGAAUAGCAAGUCAGCCGAUAGCCCAAAGAAGAGCCCGGUCCACGAAGAGAAGCAGGACGUAUUCUCAGAAUCAGAAUCGUCCUCAUCGGUAGACACUCCAAAAACACUAUCAGAAGUUUCACUGAAAGAGGAAAAACCCAAUCCCGAGAAGAAAGAGCAGGUUGCUGUACCGUCGGUUGAAAAGAUGUCUGAAGAAAUCGAAAGACUCAAGGCCAAAUUGAAAGAGACGCAGAAGAUUGGGAAUAAGGCAAAGACAAAAUCUACGGAACGCAAGGCAAAAUCGCCCAAAACGAAGGAGAGCAAAAAAGUUGCGAAUGAGGUCAAUGCGACUACUGAAUUGAGGAAAUCGAAGUAUUACAUUGAGAAAUGUAUAGGCGUUAUUAAGGAUAUCAGUGUCAUAAUGAAUAAUGGGAUGAUACCUCCAGAUGGUAGUGAGGAUUACGCCAGGAGGCAAGUCAGAACCAAAGAAUUUACCUCCAGGUUUGCUAGAAUCUAUUUGUACCCUCUAUUCACCCAAUUGUCAAAGUUGGGUGGAUUGGAAAAGAGUGCUUCCAAUUUUUCGAAAUUUACGUCGUUGUAUCAACUUACGUUUCAGGCUCUGCAAGCCUGUUUCAACCAUAUUCCUAAUACGGUUGGCACAACUGCCUACAAUAAACUGAGGGAUUGUUUGAGCGCUGCCAUUGACAUUUGUGAAAAGAGUCAGGCUCAUUUCGAGAAAGGAGUGAAUUAUGAUAACGAGGAUUAUGUCAUGAUUUUCAAAUCUCAAUGUCUGGAGCUAUCACAGAAAAUCAAAGACAAUUUUCUGUCGUUGUCUGUUGAUUCUUUGCUAUAUUCCAAAAGUACAAGAACCAGCUUGCUUCCGAAUAAUCAGAAUAAUAAAAAUAUGGUUCAAAAUAAUGAAAACCAGAAAAAUCUCCAGAAGCGAUUCUCUAUGUAUAACACUAAUUUAGCACUCAAGAGGGACAAACAAUGGAGGAAAAUGCUGGCAGCUUUCGAGGAAAAGAAACCCAAGGUGAAGUCUCGAUAUCGAACGGCAACUUUUAAGCACCGUCCUCCAGUCGAGAAGAUCAAUUCUCAAAUCGUGGAGCCGACAAAGCAACACCGUCUGGAUGAUAAAAGAUCUCUCGUUUUACUGAGGAAUACUCCAGUGGUCACGCCGAUCAAUGAAGACAAUAUCGAAACGAUGAUACAGUUCGACAAUGAGCAUAAUGAUGGUAACGUUAGUGAAAAAGAGGCUUUGGACGAAAGGGAAAAGGAGGAGAAAUCUAAUACGACUUUCUUCGUUCAAGAAGAGAACCAGAAGGCGUGCGGGGGUGCGUUACAACAGGAAGAUAUAUUGACGAAACUUCUGCAGCUGGUGCAAGAUAAUGACCAGAAAAAUCCUGCCGACAUCGAUGCCAAUCUGACCAACACGAUUAUGGUCUUGCAGAAAUGCCUGAGUUUCAAGAAUCAGAAUUCGGAAAUGCUGAAGAAAAUGGAGACUAAGGAAAUGGAACCGUUGACUGUACAGAACGACCAGAUGGAAAUCCUCCCAGAGGUCGAUACGAACAAACAGAAAAAAGAACCAACAGUUACAGUGACAGGUACGAAAAAUGCCCAGCUCAUCUGCAUAAAAGACGACAAUUCCAUCGUGUCGAUAAUGAAUGAAAAUUCGACCAGUCAAGGGGAUUCGCCUGAGUCCAUUAAGAAAAGUGUCAAGUCAGCCGAAGUGCAAACAUCUCAAUCUGAAUUGAUUGAAGAGGCUGUCUACAGGUUGGAUAAAUCCAGGAGUAACAUUAAAAUCAAUAGAGUUAAGAGACCAAGAAGAAUGUUACAGUUGUUGCCGAAGGAAUACGCAAUCAACAUUAUUCAGUACAAACUAAUGUUUUAUAAACACCAUAAGGGAAAUUAUAUGUAUAAGAAGACUUCGACAACCAAGCCUUGGCAGUUGAUGGAUAAGAUUUCCGAAGACAUUUUCGACUAUGCUUUGCUCGGUAUCGCAAAAGAAAUUGAAGUAAAUGAACUUCUGGAGAAUAUAUAUAAUGCUGAAUUUCAAUAUUAAUUUCCGAAGAAAUGAUGAAUGAUAUUUUCGUGUAAUAUUUUAUAAUAUAGUUUCAAAACAAA